GUCAGCGCACUUUCUUGGUCAUCAGUUUGCAGAAUUCAGCCAUCAUGGAAGGAACUCUGAAAUUUGUGCUCCAUAUUUUGGCGAUAUUUUCGCCUGUUUUGUGCUUUGGUGAACAACCAGUCCCGCUCAUAGCAUGGUCCAAUACAAGGUCCUUUGCCAACAAGCCCAGAAUUUCUGCUGGCAAGUUGGUCACCAGGGAGGAGUUGGGCACCAACUACAUGAGCAGCAUCCUGCAGACACAGCCGCAGAAUAUUUUCCUCUUUGUGUUUGAUGAGCUGAGCAUUGAUGAUAUCACUAAGUACAGCAAUGCAUACAGUGCAGAUGGUCAAGGCGGUGCCCUGAGCAACCUGAAGAAAGCAAUGACAGAGUCCCUCUCCAAUCUGGUACUGCCCUCUGUCGAGCCCGGUGACCUCGAGAGUGACCUGAGUUCAAAGGUCACUGGUGCCGUGAUUGACCUGAAGGACCCGACCCUGGAAGGCGUGACGCUUGACCCCACGAAGACCAACCUGGUGGUGACACGCUUCAGUGUUUCCUCAGGUGAUUCAAAAGAAAAGGCCUUCAAUGAAGCCGAUAAACUGAUAGCGUCCAUGAUCCGUGGACAGAAGACUCACUACACAGCUAUCCUGACAGCAAAUCACAAAUCAGUGCUCAAACCCCAGUCUGAUGACCGCCUGACCGUUGGUCGACAUCUGCUCCAAGCACCGGCUGCUGAGCCUUUCUUUGGCUCCUACAUUGGCAAAGAUCCAGACUGCAGUAUCUACAUGACGGCUAAUGCCUUCACUUUGACUGUUGGACCUAAAUCUUCGAAACCUAAGCCAGUCACUCUGCCGACCACUGGGUGGUUAUUUUCAAACUCUUCCUGUGACAUUGAGGAAAUCAAAGGAAAACAAUACCUGGUUGUCAAAUUUGAAAUGGAACUGAAAACAAAUCCCCAAGGCCUGAAUGACUUCAAAAUGAGUUUGGUCUUCAACUCCACUGUCUCUACCGUUGCGGCGAGUCACUCUUACUUCUGGUCAGUCACUUCAGCCAGCUUCGUGGAGUUUGCCGUGGACGAUGGGCAGCUCAUCAGGUACGACGUCCAGACCGGCAUCACGGACACACCACAGGACUUCUCCUUCCACUGUACAGACAGCGUCUUUACACUGACACAGGCAGAUAAGGGUACAGCAUCGGCACAACUCGCCAUCACUGAAUUGCAGGUUCAACCAACUGGAGUCAAGACAGUGAAAGAUGUACCCCAGUUUGGGACGGCCAAUGACUGCGUCGGCUUCUUUACUGAAGGUAUAUGGAUGGGUCUGUUUACAGGACUCAUCCUACUACUCAUCUUAUCCUUUGGGGUAGGGAUGAUAUCCAAUCUUAGGGUCAUGGACAAGUUUGACGACCCUAAGGGCAAAACUAUUACUGUCAAUGUGGCUGCUGAAUAGUUUAGUUUACUUGUAUGGAUUUUUAAUAUAUGCAUGUUAUGCAGCCUAUCUGCUUUCUGAUUGGUUCCUGUGACGGAGAGUGACCAAUCAGAUUGGUGGUGCUGAAAUUUCAACCAAUCAGGAUCAAAGUGUGGAAUGUUUUGACCAAUCAGAAGGCACCUAUAUCAACAGAUAAAACAGGCAUGUCAAAUGUGUCUGUGGGCUGCAUAAGUUGUGUAAUUGUAUUGGUAUUAAGUCAAGUUAAAAUGUGUAUGUUAUGCUUGGUAAUAUGUACACAGGUUAUAAUUUUGUAUUAUAUGGGAACUACAUGUAUCUGAAGAUAAUCUGGUGUAAUAGUAUAUUAUUUGUGCAGAAAUAUAGGUGGCGGAAGUUGAAUAAUAGGACUUACAUGUAUGCUUAUUGUGUCUUAUAGCAAUGUGGUAUUGGAACUAAGAACCUCAGAACCUAAAACUUAGAACGAGAUCUUUUUUCAGGUGUUUUUUUAUUUCAGGGAGACUUCUCUCAUAAAGUAGGUCA